AUGCCCCCCAGGCCGCGCGACCCGCCCGCUGCGCCAGGACUGCUCGCGUCUGCAUUCAGCUUUGUGUCGCGGGAGCUCGAGUCGUUUGUUACCGCUGCGACAGGUGGAGAAGUGCAGCAGAAGACACAACCACAAGCAUCGAGUUCGCGCGUUACGCUCGAUGGGAAGAGGGGGAUACGCGAUGAUGGAGCUGACAGGAGGAGUGAGAGGGAUAGGGAGAGGGAGCGAGAGCGGAGGGCGAAGCGCGUGAGGAAGCGGAGCGAGGUUGAAGUCGAGCGGGCGCGGGCGAGACGACGGCUACGCGAGGAGGAUAGCGCCGAGCGCGCACAGAAGGCUAUUGCGAAGAAGAGGACGCCUGUUACGGAGGGGAGAGAGGAGGAGCGGGAGAGGUCGUCGGAGAGGGAGGCUGCCGAUGACGAGGAUGAUGAAUUGCCUGUACGACCGUUACCAAAACUAUUGAAGAAGAGGAGGCGAGAUGCUGUUGUCGAUGAUGUUAGGCAUGAGGAUGUGGUUGAGGAGGUCGACGAGCCUGGACCGCAACCGCAACCGCGAUCGUCACAACAGGGGAAGUCGGCCAAGAAGACCUUUCCUGCACCGUCGAAAUCGAAAUCGAUGCCAUCACCCCCAACGCCGCUUACUACACGAAACUCUCUCCCCUUUCCGACGAUGCCUGGCUCAUUUUUCGAACGAUCUGCAUCCCUCAUGCCUGAGGCGAUACCAACCCCCAUGAAACGUGCCGUCCCGCGUCCUCGCACACCUCCGCCAGCGAUCGAGGAAGAACCGGAAGAAGAAGAGGGACAGGCAGACGAACAGCAGAUCGCCUUGGCUCCAGAGCGGUCACCUGGACGGGGGCGUUCACAGAGCCUCACGAAGGGAAAGUCGAUGGAUGCAGAUCAGGCAGGGCCUUCGCGGCACCGAGAACCGUCACAUCACCGUUCCAUAUCCACCGAAGAGCUCGAACCUGGACCCUUGGAGCCUGCGGCAAGGUCGACUUCGAGGAAAGGCAAGGAGCGUGCGUGGGAUACCUCGGGGGAGAUCAGGGUGCGAGGCAAGGAGCAAGAGUUGCACGAGGCUAGGGAGGAUCAUGCACGGAACGCUCACGCAAGAGACGAUAGCGAGCGUGAGAGGGACAAACAACGGAUUCGCAUGCUUGAAGAGGAGGUCGCUCGUCUGCGGGUCGAGUUGGCCUCGAAGAGCGGUCCGAAUGCCGCUGCGAUGAUGCCCCCUCCCCCACCACCACCGCCUCCGCCGCAUAUGCGCGUUCAGGCCUCGACGUCCUCGUCAGGGAAUCCAGCGAAUUUCUUCGCCUCUGCACGUGCCAAUCUCAAACAUACCGGGCCUCCAGUCGAGGCACCAAUCAACGCGGUCGCGUACGGCGGGGCACGGACGCGCAAGGCGGGUCAGCCCACCGUCAAUGUGCCCUCAGAUAAGAUGGCUGCGUUCUUGCAAGAGAUGAAGAGCAAGCGAUUGCGCAAGGUGAGCGGGCCGGCUGGGUCGAUGGGCCCGCCUCAGUUUGCACCGUCUGCUGCUGGGGAUAUCGCCGGAGAGACACGGGCAGGCGUGGUCAGCGAGGCGAGGAGGGCGGCGAUCUUGGGGGACACUUCGUUUGACACGGGUGUCGCUGCGAGAAUAUUCAUCGGGGAGAAGAGGAAGAGGGACGCGGCGGAGGAACCUAUUGGCCCCUUUAAGCGUCGCGAGACAGCUUUCAUUCGGUCAGACAUCACUGGCGGAUCCUCGUCUGCGUCGAGCUCGCAAUCGUCACAGUCCUCUACCAGUUCUCAGUCUUCUGCGGCCAGUUCCCAGUCCACGGCGUCUACCUCUUCUCAGUCCUCGGUUUCCCGCUCGAGCUUGUUUGACACAGCCCCCUCUACGUCUCGUCCCCGUACAUCCCAUUCGAAGUCGAAGGCUCCGCUGCGCAUCUGGCCUGCUCGUGCGUCGGAGACCGACCUCACGACGCCUUCUCUAUGCUCGGACAACGAGAACGACCACAGUGGGCACAGUGAGGACAAGCUCCCCGACACGCCUUCGGACAGCGGCCGCGGCGUCGGCGCGGAUACGGUGCUGCCAAGGGAACUGACAAGCCAACCGCAGCGGCGCGAAGAACCCGAGAUCAUCGACGUGGACGCGCUGGAGACUCCGCCUCAGGUGAAGCACAAGCCAUCUCCCAGUCCCAGUCCCAGCCCCGAACCAGAGCAAACUGCGGGGGCAGGGGCGGAGGCAGAGACCGCGAGGAAGAACGCCUUCGCGCGCAGGAUCCCGGAGAGCCCCAUGCCGUCGAGGUCGCCGGUGAAGCCGAAGCCGCCUGCGAGGGCGAAGGCUGCCAAGGUUCCCGUGCCCACUAAGCUGCCGAGACGCGUGCCUGUCAAUCCGCCCCCGCGGGACGAUGGGUCGGACAGCGACGACCCGUUGAUUAUGGCGCGGGCGCGGACAGAAGGGCUGGGUGGGAGCUUGUUCGACGAGGAGCUGCCUGUCGCUGGGCCUUCGCGCGUCUCCAGGGCGAGAGAGAAGACCGCGACGUCUGCUUCCUCUGGCCACAGCCGCAGUCGAUCGUUGUCACAAGCUCAGGCUCAGGCUCAAGCGCAAGCGGAGGCGGAGGCGGAGCUGAAGGGCGAGAGGCCCGCGUCGAGGCUGUCGAACCAUGCCAAGCGCCGUCUGACGCUCGACGAGGAGCUCAGGAGGGCGGGGGAUAGCUUGUGGAGGGAGUCCUCGGAGGAGCCUCGGCAGCCUCCGAGCGAGCCUGAGGUGGAUCUGGACAGCGGGCAGCUCGUCGCAUUCGGGACGCGGAGCAGCCAGAGGGGGUUUCUUGCGAGGGGAGGCGGGGCUGGUGCGCCUGUGUUCAUGGGCGAGGGGUACGUCCAGGGUGCGGUCGCUGACGAAGGGGAGGAGAGACUACGUCCGAGGGCGAGCACUGGGGCGAGGAGGAGAUGA